UGUUGCUGCAUGCAGAACGUUUUUAUAAUACGUUUAUUUAAUCAGUGGCACAGCCAUUUGCAGUAUGCAAUCACCAGUUUCUUACCCUAUGUCCCUUCUGAGCCUGCUCCUUUCUUUCCACAAUGUGCAUCUUGGGCAAGGUCCCAUGGCCAAAAUGAUUGCCUGAAUGCUCAGAAUAAUUUGAUUUGCCUACAGUGUGCAGUUCAAAUGGCACAGGCUUUAUUAGAGUUGUCACCUUGGUUCUCACGUGUAUUUUAUUGUGUAAACGUUACAAAAUUUAACUUCACAUCCACUUCUUUAUUUGCUGAUCAGGAUCAUGCUGAGUUUUUAAUCAGCAUUGAAGAGUUCAAGUUUGCUGGAGGGGAGGGCAACACACAGUUUGGUAGUGAUGUCACAGAUAGUUCAGCCUGUCCCCAGUUUAAGGCCAGACUACAGCAACUGUGGAGAGCCGGACAACUCAGGAAACAACUUGUGGGAGGAGAGGCCAAUGUUCCAGAUGGUAAAGAAGCAGAAAGCUUGAUGCUUCAUAAUCAUAAUCAGAUUUUCAUCCCAGAUGACAUGGAAAGGAAACUGGCUGAAAUUCCAGAGUGGAAACCAAGCUAUUUUCCACCUCAAACUUACGAAAUGCAUAGUGACAUAUCGUCACUGGAAGGCCAAGUUCAGGAGCAGUCUUGCCCUGACUCAACUGACUUAGCAGGACACGCAACUGCAGAAAAAGAACACGAGAAGUCUAACUCACAAGAAUGCUUAUGUGAAGAUAAACCGUUGGUGAGCUCAAGUUGUGUUCCUUCGUCUCAAAGAGAGUCAGGUGUGGCUGUCGAACAGCCAUUAAAAGGCCUAUUGCCCGAGGAGCUGUGUUUUUCAUCAAGUGAAGUUUCACAGCUCAGAGAAAGCAGCGAAGAAUCGUAUUCGAUUCUCCAACGAAGAUCUUCCGUAGCUGAAAACACCCCUGAUGUUAGUGUUGUACCUUCCAGUCAAAAAAGCCACGAGUUCGAACUUGAGCAAGCACUGCCGCAUGUUACUCCUGAACGCGAACAAUUUCACUGCUCGCUAUCAGAAUCACAGUUGGGAAGUUUCUUGGACGCUAGCUUUUCAUUUGACGAGGUCACUGCACCUCCCUGUUUUUCGGAUGGUUCACCUUCAGUUCAGGAGGAGUUCACUCAGAUUAAACCAAGGGAUGCUCGACAAAGAAAGUCAACAGCUAGUGACAAACCAAAAUCGAGUUCUGGGUCAUCACAUUCGAAGACAUUUGCUGAUAAUGAACUUUCUUUAGCGUCAAUUCGUGGCUCAGAAAAGAAAACUCAAAGCAACAAAAAGGAUAGUGGUACUUCACAUAAUGUUGUAACAGAAGUUGUGGUUGUAUCUUCUUCGAGAGACAACAUUAGAGACACUUUGCGUGGAAAAGAAAGCUUGGAGACAGCAAAAGUUGACUUUGAUACUCUGUUUAGCCAGAAUACGUGGAAACUCUCGCAAACACCCGUGCAGGAGUUUAGUGCGGAGGUAUUUGAAAUUGACAAACGUCAAUCAGUUAAGAGGAAAAGAUCUGAAAAAGAUGGUUCCAAACAUAAACUACCAGGCCUAUCAGAUGGGGUCAUACAAGUUAGGAAACUGUCAUUUCCGGAUAGUCCUGUUAGUCCAGACAGCACUUCUGGCUCGCUGAUGGCGAGCAGUCAAUCAUUGUCAUCUCAAAGUCAGCCAAGUAACCAAUCGUCAAUAAAGUCUGAAGAUCUGUAUACCCAACAAGACCCUCUCUUUCUUGAUACAUCCGGAUCAACAGAGUCCCUGAAGAGUCCACAAGAUCGUGACGAAAACAGUCCAAGUAUGCUGGAGAUUUCCAUGGAAGAGCCUCGUACUUUGAGCACCCCAAACUUUGCCUCUCUUCCUUCUUAUCAGGUUCCUGGCGAGAACAAAGCAAAGCAAUCUGAUAAUACUUCCUCACCAAUAUCGCGUGAUCAAAGAGACGAGCUUUUUGCCAGUACUACUCGGAAACGGGAAGCUGUACAUCAUCAGGAGCCUGGGACUAGCUGGGACUUUGCUGAAAACGUGAUCAAACCCAUUGGCGUGAAAAAGAAGCGCAAAGCUCGUAGACACUUUAAUUGGUUUUCCGAUGCCUACUAAAUGACAUUUUUUUUAAAAUUCGUUGUUCAGUUAUUUUAUUUAUUUAAUAUUCUGAUCGGUGUAUUGAUGGUUACUUGCAAAUAAUACAAGAACCUCUGUGAGUCAUGUGACUUACGUCUCGUCUCAAUGAUAUGUUUUAAAUAACUUCAUUAUACUAUUCCAAGCUUUAAGUUACGUUAAAUUUAAUGGUAGAAAACCUAACAAACAAAUGUGAUAGAAAUCAGCGAAUUUGUAUUAUUAUACACGUAGAUUGAAUUUUAUCUUUUAACGAGAGUCUGAUCUGACAACUGAAUACAACUGCCUCAACUUAAAAAAGAACGAAAUAGCUUAAUAUUGAUUACCUCGAUCAACAAAGUCAUUAUCUUUCAUUUUUUUAAUUAUUUGCAAGGCGUGUCGCAGUAAGGUAGAAGGUUUCCAGGAAGCUUUCGUUUCAUUGCCUCCUAAGAGCACUCUGUACUUUAUUUGAGGGGUUGGUCUUUCCAAUUUUGGAUACGACAAAAUUUUGAAGCUGAAAUGCUCUGUGUUAUUAAUGGAAAGCAUAUUCCCAGUAAGUUUUAGGAAGGGUCAGUCUGCAGUCCGUCCGUCCGUCCGUUCAUUUGUCCAUCCGUCUUUCUGUCAGUCAUUUAUUGGGUCAGUCGAUUAAAAUGGUAUAAAAGAUAUUUAUAUUGGUUUAAAGAGGAUAUACAGUGUAAUAUAUUCGA